AACUAAUUUAGUACCCAGUCUUUAUAAGAAUAUACUUUAAUGCAUUCCAGUUUAUUUAGUCUAAUUUAAGUCUUGAGUGCAGAAGUGUCGUGAAUAAAAUUAAGUAUUACAAAUUAAGAUGCAGUCAAAUUUUAUUUGGUUAUUUAUCAUCUUCUACUUAUUGGCUGUCACGUCUGCAGACCACAUAAGGCCUAAACGCGAUUUGGCACGAAUACAGAAAAUUAUCAGAUGGCUAUUAGGCAUAAAUGAAGGAAAACAGACAGUUCCUUUGAUUGAAAACCAGCAGCAGAGAAUUUACACCAUACCAGCCUAUCAAAAACUCCUUGUUAGAACUAUACCACGAACAGAAAUGAAUGGAAACGUGAGGCACCUUCUUACAGACGGGUUAUAUCCUGAAGAAACAUUUAGACCAGUUCAAACCAUUCGGAAUAAUUAUCCAAUUGUUUAUAGCAAAUAUCCUCCUGCAAUGCAAGAUUAUAUAAACGAUAGAGCUUAUGAGCAAUAUGGGUAUGACAGACCUAUGUAUCCUUAUAUCAACCAAGUACCGAGUUGUGAUGAAUUAGUACCACCUUUAUGUCCAGUUCGUGGCACCAAGCUAACAGGUGAAUAUGAAACUCGACGUGCUAUUGUAACCGAAUCGAGGCAGCCCAUGCCACAACCUCCAAUGUACAUACAGGAUAGAUUGCGUGAGGCAAUACUAAAUCGUCCAAUCCCAACAGUUCAGGUUAAAGAAGAAAUUGUUGUACCUCCCCCGAGUCAAAGAAAAGUAAAUGUAUACGAAUAUUCAGUACUUGAUGAUAGAAUGAUAAAAAAUAAAGCAACUCCAGCUAAACCCAAUUUAACGUUACAACCUGAAACUGAGGUGGAAAGUCAAUUCAAAACAAAUGACAAUGAUAUCAAGAAAAAAGUAUCAUUUACCACUCCUGUGCAAACAAAGUUUAGGUACAAAAUGAUCUAUAAUAAUCGGCCAGAUAGAAAUACUGUUGUGGAAACUGAUAGUAGCCAAACACAAACCACUAAAUCUAACGAAGAAACAUCUACGGUACCCGUUAGUGAAAGUACAGAUCAGAAGAGUAAGCCUCCGCCUAUGACGGAAUCAUUAGACAAAAUCCCUGAUGACUAUGUUUAUAUUCCACCUGUCAGCACUGAAACGCCUCCACCUGGUAUACCAAAGGUUUAUUCUAAUAUGAAACAAGCAAAUUCUGAUAACUAUAGCGCAGAUGCAAGCGAAAACAGACCGAUAGUUUCAAUUGAUGAAUCACCUGGCACAAAUGCUGGUAACAAAGAAAAACCAACCAGAGUAGUAAUAAGGCGGCGAAAACUUAAGUCUCGACCAGAAAACAGCCGUGGAGAUAUUCCAGAACAUUCUUCAUGA